ACUAUGCCCUCCUUUACUUACCAACUCUUUUUGUACAUAUUUCAUCAUCUACUCACUCACUCACUCUCUCUCUCAACUCCUCCAAGCUUCAUCUAUAUAAAGUUCCCAACUAUCCAAAGCUAAUUAACAGUGUUAAGCAUACAAAAAUGGCCUUUUACUUGGCUUUUUUCUGUUUACUCAUGCUCAAGUUCUCAAUCACCAUGGCAAACUUGCCUAACAUCUCCAAUGAAGCAUGCGCCGACGGUGCUGCUACUGUUGUAUUGCAAUUUGGUGUGUAUCAAGAUAGCUGCCCAGAGGCUGAGCCCAUCAUCUUCUCUUGGGUGGAAAGGGCAGUGUCCCAAGACCCUAGAAUGGCCGCUUCUCUGCUUCGACUUCAUUUCCACGAUUGCUUUGUUAAUGGAUGUGAUGCAUCAGUGUUGUUAGAUGACAUGGGAAAUUUGGUUGGGGAGAAAACUGCAGCACCAAACUCGAAUUCACUGAGAGGGUUUGAAGUGAUCGAUACGAUCAAGUCUGAUCUCGAGUCAGUUUGUCCUGAAACUGUCUCUUGUGCUGAUAUUCUUGCAAUUGCAGCAAGAGACUCUGUUGUUCUGUCAGGUGGCCCGGGCUGGGAAGUGGAAAUGGGAAGGAGGGACAGCUUGACAGCAAGCAAAACAGCAGCCAACAACAACAUUCCAGGCCCCAAUUCGGACGUCCCAACACUCGUCACCAAGUUCAGAAAUGUUGGUCUCACGCUUGCUGAUGUCGUUACCCUCUCAGGUGCACACACAAUGGGCAAAGCUCGAUGCUCCACAUUUACCUCUCGCCUAAAGGGUAAUAGCAAUAGCGACUCAAAUGGCCCAGACAUUGAUGUGGCCUUUCUUACCUCUCUCCAGCAACUAUGCUCAGAAGCAGAUAGCAACACAACGCUGGCACAUCUUGACCUGGUGACCCCGUCAACAUUUGAUAACCAGUACUAUGUUAACCUAAUUUCUGGGGAGGGAUUGCUUCCAUCUGAUCAGGCUCUUGUGAAUGGAGACAGCCAGACACGUGAAAUUGUCGAAUCUUACGUAAAUGACCUCGCACUCUUUUUUGAGGAAUUUAAGAGGUCAAUGCUCAAAAUGGGAAGCUUGGGACCCAGAACUGGACAAAACGGUGAAAUACGUAGGAACUGUAGGUUUGUGAACGCCUAGUUACUGGUGUGCUAUGAGUUAGAACAUUGCAGUGGUUGGUGUUAUGAAACUCUAAACUAGUGAUGAAAUAAUGUUUUCACCUUGUUAGCUAUUCAGUGAAAUGAUUG